CCCCACCACAACCACUACCAGGCAAAACCAAGCAAAAACCUGGGUUGCUUCCAAAACACACAACACCGCCCACCCGCUAAGCUGUAACCGUCUCCACUCAGCCAGCCCACCCGUCGCCCACCCUUCGCGUGCACCACAAUGGCAGGCCCUCUGGCCAACGCCCACGCCCACGCCCACGCCCAAUUUUCCGGCCCACCACCCUACAUGCAUCCUUUCCGCCCCGCCUCCUCCAUGAGCGCAAACCGCUUCGACGAGGGCUACUCGGAAGACACGCGUAGCCAGAAUGAGAGCGACAUGGUUAUGCACACCGACGUGCGCCUCAGCGAUGCCCAUCGGGAGCCCGCCUUGCCCUACAGCCUGCCCGACUGGGUCCUGGCCCUCAGCGAGAGCGAGCGCAGUGAGUUUGCAUAUGCCAUCCUGCGCUCGCUGCGCACCUCGUCCAUAGCCGCCAUUGUCGACAAGCUGAAUCCACUGCUGCACCUCGACCCCGUCAUACACCUGCCUCCCGAAAUCACCUUUCAGAUUCUCUCGUACCUCAGCCCCGAAACCCUGCUGCGCGCGUCGACCUUGUCGCGAGCAUGGCGGGAACGCGUGCUCGACAGUCCCCUGUGGAAGCUGCUCUUCCGGCUCGAGGGCUGGAACUCCAACUUCUCGCAGGUGCGUGCCUACGAAGAGUCGCAAAGACAGAAGCGCGCCGAGUUCAAAGAGAAGGAGCGCAAGACGCGGCACAGGGCAGCAGCCGAAGAUACCGACUACGGAAAGCCAUCCCACAAGAAGCGCGUGCGGGAUCGCCAGCUCUUUGGCGACGGCACAUUACUAGACAGCGGAGCACAGAAUGUAGCCGACCCGCUCACCACCCGCGCCGCCGGAAGCACAUGGGGCGAGCAGCACGGCACCGUCGAGGCCGACGACAGCCCCUCUGCCAAAUCCGAAGACAAGAUGGAGGGCGUAUCGUUCCACGACGCCUCGCCUCUGGCCUCGCCUACCCAUGUAGCACGCCGCGAAAAGCGCCAAGGCCUCUUGUCCGAAGACACGUCCUCGCCGACAACAGCAUCAGCCAGUUUCGCCGGGCCUCCCAUACACCCUUCGCUUCUCCUCCCCGGCGCCGAGGCCAGGAUCAACUGGCAGUUUUUAUACAAGCAAAAGAGACGGCUGGAAGACAACUGGAGCGCUGGGCGUUUCACAAACUUCCAGCUCCCCCACCCAAAUCACCCCGAGGAAGCUCAUACCGAGUGCGUGUAUACCAUACAGUACUCGGGCAAGUACCUUGUCAGCGGGAGCCGAGACAAGAGUAUCAGAGUUUGGAACCUGGAUACGUUGCGCUUGAUCCACGCGCCGCUCAUUGGCCACUCCGCCUCGGUCCUGUGCUUGCAGUUUGAUGAGCGGCCCGACCAAGACAUUAUUGUGUCUGGAGGCAGUGACUGCAGAGUCAUCUUGUGGCGCUUUUCUACUGGCCGAGUCAUCAAGGAGAUUGAAAGGGCGCACUCCGAGUCGGUCUUGAACCUCCGCUUCGACGACCGCUAUCUCGUCACGUGCUCCAAAGACAAGACGAUCAAGGUGUGGAACCGCAAGGAGAUGCUGCCGACGGAUGACACAUAUCCUGCAUCGACCAUCAAGUCGGGCGCUAAAUUCCCAUCCUACAUCAUCAACAUGCAGGAACACGUCGCUAGCCAGCACCUGCAUUUCAAGCCCCUUGCCCCUUACAGCCUGGUCAUGACGUUAGAGGGCCAUGGCGCAGCAGUGAAUGCCAUCCAGAUUCUCGACGGACAGAUUGUGUCGGCCUCGGGCGACCGGAGCGUCAAGUGCUGGGACGUCCGGACAGGUGCAUGCACGCGAACCUUUUCUGGUCACACAAAGGGCAUCGCGUGCGUGCAGUUUGACGGACGCCGCAUCGUCAGCGGAAGCUCAGACGAGAGCGUACGCAUCUUCGACCGUGCUACCGGGGCCGAGGUGGCUUGCUUGAACGGCCACAGUAACCUUGUGCGCACCGUGCAAGCGCAGUUUGGCGACUUGCCGGGCAAUGAAGAGGAGCUCGAGGCCGAGGCGCGUAGCGUUGACCGGAGCUACUUUGCUGCCCAGGCUAGCGGCAUGCUGUCUGACCAGAGCCUCAGCAGAGCAGAGCGCCGUGCUCGCAACGCCGGUUCUCGCGACCCAUCCAAGGUCUUUGCCUACGGGGCCAAGUUGCCACCAGGCGGCGGCGGUAGCAAAUGGGCGCGCAUUGUUUCCGGCUCGUACGAUGAAACCGUCAUCAUCUGGAAGAGAGGGCCUGACGGGGCGUGGGAAAAGUCCCAAACACUGCUCCAAAACGACGCAGUGCGCGCUGCCGGCGGCCGCCCCAGGAGGCCUGUUGUUCAAGCUGCAGCCAAUGCAAAUCCUGCCGCACAGCAUGCCAACCACCACCACCACGCUAAUGCCCCGAACCCUGCGCAACAGAACAAUUUCCAGGCACUGGCACAGCAGGCGCAGGCUCAGGCUCAAGCCGCGCAGACCUUGGCCCAACAAGCCCAUGCCCUUCAUGCCGCCUCACAAGCCAUGCACGGCCCGGGGGCCACCACCGCAGCAGCAGCAGCGAACAACAACGCUGCCGGCCCUGGGGCGGGGCCGCAUGCCGCCGCUGUUCAACCAGUCGGCAAUGCAGCAACGGCACCGCCAGGCCCUGCAAAUGCCCAACCGCACCACCACCAUCACCACCAUCACCAUCACCACGCCCCGCAUCCGCUUGCUGCCCCGCUCAAUACAAAUGGCACCAAUUCACGAGUCUUCAAGCUGCAGUUUGACGCCCGUAGAAUCAUCUGUUGCAGUCAAGACCCCACCAUUGUAGGCUGGGACUUUGCCAACGGCGACAAGGACAUAAUAGUCGCCAGCCAGUUCUUUGGCGAUUCGUACUAGAUGUUUGAGAAGAAUUGGUAUCAUCAUGUGCAUGACUUGGGUUGCAUCUUCUUGUAAAGUACACUCUUAGGGCUCAGUAAGUAAUUGAAGAGGAAGAAGAAGAAGAAGAAGAAAAAAAAAAGGGAAAAGUCAAGCAUGACACGCUACCAGGGUAAGGGCUUGGAAAGCAUAUAGAGGUGGUAAUUGGAACGAGAACACGGAUCAAGAAUGAAAUGUUAUCAGACUAUGCAUUCACGUUUAAUGUUGGGAAGGCCUUGAUUAUAUAUAUACCUUGGAUCACUACUAUUGCUGUCUCUGGCCAUGCUGUCCA